AUGGCAAGCGAUCUGUCUCUAUGGAUCAUCGACAACAAUUCUACGUGGUUUGAAGGUUCUGUUGAGGAGGACAGAACUGUUUACCGCGACUGCGAAGGCGAGUAUGUAGAAUUGAGCUGGGAGGUCUGCAAGCCGGGGUGUGUCGAAGUGAGCAAAGAGGACAUACUCAGGUCACUUGAGGAUAAGGAACCUAAGUUUCUCACUGCAUUUGAUUUUCUUCACGAUGUUUCCCUUUUUAACGGCGAUGAGUUGGGUGGGAGAUUAUACGAUGAUAAUUAUCGUUAUCGUUAUUAUGACUCUGAAUCAGACAAAGAAGUGCCCAAUUUCGAGCUGAAAGACUGGGCCAGAGUUCUUGUACGCCGGGAUAAUAUGGUGGAAAUGUCCACCUGGAGGACUCAGCAUGAUACGUGGUGGUACCAGGAUUGA